GGGCUGAGAGAGAGAAAUAAUCUAGAACCCCUAACCACAAACAUAACUGUCCAUCCUGUCCUUUCAGUUUCCCAUUUUUCCAUCAGUUUUAUUCAUUAGCUAUUCCAAAAGCUCCAUUAUAGAUGGAUGGAUGUAAAAAUGUAUUACAACAAGGUUUUGCUGACCUUCGCUGUCUUUUUCAGAUACGGCCAUCUGUCAUCACCUGUGUUUCCUCUGCAACAAGGUCAACAAGUAAAGACUGCUGCAAUCACUCCACUAUUGUUACCCAGCACAGUUAUGACCACAUUGAAGAGCAUUUCCAGAGGAGUCUCGGGAUGAACUACCACAGAGCCACCUCCAUCAGCGUAUCUGUAGAUGACCACUUUGCCAAAGCGCUGGGUGAUAAAUGGCUCAAGCUCAAAGCUUCAUCCUCCUCCUGCCAUUCAUCCUCUUCCUCAUCUUCUUCAUCUCCACCCAGCAGUCCGACCUUCAUCCACUCGCCCAGCUACAGCCAGAGUCCCAAAAGGGCUUGCAAAGAUUCAGUCAGUCCUACCACGACCACACCAAACCUAUGGUCUGAUAAAUGAAGAAGAGAGAGAAGUUUGAUGUAGAUAUGACAAAAUGGACUCAAGAUGCAUGUGUAGGCAUGCAUUUCUGCUGUAAAAAGCCAAAGGGAGAUUGUGCGGUGAUGAGAUGUUGUAAAAGUUGUCAUGAGCAGAUGAGGAAUUGUUAAAUCAUCUUUAAAAGGGAGAUUUUCAAAGUCUGACCUUUUUUUGGAUCAUUUCAUGGUAGCUAAGCAUUGUUGGAGUUGGCUUUUGUCAUUGGUUUUGUGGGUGCCACUGGUUUUUAUUUGUUGACUGUGAUUGCACUGAUUAUUACUAGUAACAUUUCAUCGUUUGUUGUAAGCUUUCUUCUGCAAACACGUGCAUAUUUAUAUUAGACAGUGUACCAGAAUCUUGUAACCUAAAAGGAGCACUGAGCAAAACAGACCAAAAAAUACUAGGUCAGAAAGUUUCAUGUUUUAAUUGAAAAUAAAUGCUUGGAAAAAAGAGGUGGGUAACUGUUUGGCAUCUCUAUAUGGGCUACUGCUGUUCAUUUCAAUCCUUGUGUAAAUUUCAAGCUUUUAUACUGUUGUACAUAUUUGUAAUAAACACAUUUUUUUAAA